UGCAUCAGGAGCGGGUCUCAGCUGGAGCCGCAGGCCAGAGCCUCCUUGUCGCUCCUCUGGCCCAGUGGUGGCGGGGACCCGAGCUGCUGGGGCCCACGCCCCGCGCCCGCCAGUCAUGGUGGGUCACCUGCAUCUGCAGGCCAUGGGGGACACGCGGGAGCAGAGCCGCGACGGCUUGCUGGACAGUCCCGAUUCAGGACUGCCCCCCAGUCCCAGUCCUAGCCCGCCCUUCUACGCCCUGUCGCCAGGCACCCUGGACACCCGUGCCACCACUGAAGCUCCAGUGGCUCCUUCCCUCUUCCAAACUCCCCCAGCUCUGGAGAUGAGGUCACGGUUGCUGCCUGUGUUCUUUGGGGAGAGCAUCGAGGUGGACCCAGAACCCGCACAUGAAAUCCGCUGCAACUCUGAGAUCACCUACGCCUCAGAGAGAUACUUCCGCGACAAGAUCUUCUACGCUCCAGUGCCCACGGUCACGGCCUACAGUGAGACCAUAGUGGCGGCGCCCAACUGCACCUGGCGGAGCUACCGCAGCCAGCUGACCCUGGAGCCUCGCCCACGGGCCCUGCGGUUCGGGAGCACCGCCAUCAUCUUCCCCAAACUGGCCCGCAGCUCUUUCCGCACCACCCUGCACUGCAGCCUCGGCCAGCCUCGGCACUGGUACUCCUCCAGCCUGCAGCUGCGGCGGUGCGGGGACCCUGCACCCGGUCCCGGGGGUCCCGAUGUACUCUGAGGAGUCCAGUGUCUGAGGAGGACCUGAGUAUGGGAGAGGUUCAGGAAAGAUGACCCGGCUACCACCACGUUAGGCUGGCUGUGCCCGAGCUCCAGCCUAGAGGAUUCUGUGAAUGCAUCUUUCAUUAGCCUUUAGAGGCUCUAUGGCCUUAAGGGCAGGGCCAAGCAUGUCCUGGUGUGCCCUUGAGGCAAAGACGGCCCUAUGUAGCACAGGGCACUCAGCCAUGGCCUGGCUCGCAACCUCAUUCUUGGAGAGGCUCUUUUCCAAAAUAGGUCAUUUUAAAAAAAACACUCAUUCCAGCUGAGAACCUCAGGUGCGUGCGGAGGGCUGAGCUGGCUUUACCUUGACCUGAGAUGGCAAAGGCUGGGGGUACCCAGAACACAUUGUCUGCUGUGCAGGGCACAGCCCUGCAGGGCGGCCCACAUGUGCCCCACAAGACACAUUCCCGACUAGCUUAGAACUCUUGAGCCUCAAAGCUCUUUGGCAGGUGCCCUGGGGAGGCAUCAAAGCAAAUGAGGGGACGCGGCCAAUAACUGCCUAUGGCUGACUCUGGACUUGAGCCUACAGCAGGGCUCGGAACCCCAAGAGAAGCGGAGUCUGUUUUUCUUGGCCUCCCAUUCUUGCUUAGGAUGGAUCCUACAGUUACACCAGUUUCCCACAACCUGGUGCUGUCCCAUGGUGCCCAGGCUAAAAUGAGUCCCCGAGUCUACUUUAGAGGUGGAGAUGUCCCUUUGUCUCAACUGUCCAGUAGCUAGAAACCUACCUACUGCCGCUGUGGUAGCCCAGAGGGAAGGGACACUCUUUGUGGGGCAAACAGAACCCAAAUGACUGAUAGAUUUCUGUUCAUCUAUUAGCUUAUCUGAGGUGCUCCCUGGUUAAAAGAACAGCUUAAGAAAUUAGUGAAUUAUCUUAAUAAAAUAUACCCGCACAGCCA